AUGCUUCACCUGACAUGGGAAGAUCAUUACCUGAUAUUGAAAGACUGUUUGAGAUUCCACUGUUGUUUUUGUGCAGAAAAAGAUGGAUACACCCAGAGAGUCCCAGGGGUAUCCUCGGGGUAUCCUUUGCACAUACUUAGACUUACUGGAUACUCAGCUGCUCAGGCAGGUCGACGGUUGGAUGACAACGAACCACCUUGGAAGUACAAGGCUUGGGUCACCCCAGAGAGGAUCGAAAUCGAAGCGGACAUCGGAAAGGCCAAUCUCAAAUUCCUGGUGCAGUACUGCAACCUGUGGAACCCCACAGCGACCAACUGGGGCGCCUGCAUGACUGGCCGCGCUGGCGCGGGAGACAUCGUAAAGCUCGAAGGCUACUGCAGUGGUACACAGAUCUUCUGGCCUUUCCCCAAGGUUUCCUUGACCUUGGGCGGCUUGCUGGUCUAUGAUGACACCGCGGCCAUGGGCAUAGAACAGGAUAGAGACUUCUACUUGGAGAACAUGGAGGGUCGUGAACGAGUCUUGGGCAUGGAUGGCUGGAGCUACAAAUGGUACGACCGCGGCCAAGCCGGCACCAAAGAUACCUGGCAGAUCCGCUCCGCGGAUCCGGGCAUCACAGUGAUCGGCUCCGAUAGCCGGGUGUUUAUCCGGAACAUGAACACAGGACGACACAUCCAGGACAACAAUGGAAAUGUGCGAAUGAGCAGCAACACUGGUGGCUGGGAGAAGUUCAAGGUCUUGGAUGCAGGAGGAGGAAAGGUCUACCUCCAGAGCCAUCGCGGGGCAUACUUGGCCAUUCGCGAAGACAAGAAUUGGGGAAGUGCCCUGUCUGCUGUGCGAAUGUGCAGUGGGGACAGGAUUGGCAGGAGGUAG